AUGUGUGAGCAUCAAUUAAAUAAGACUCUGUUGUUGACACUUCUGAGAACAUCAACAAUACACCAAUGUAUGCGCUACAAACAUAACAAUGCGAGAAGUGUGGGCUGGAGAAAACGCUCCCGGCAGAGAUCCUCAGUUGCUUCCAAGGAGAGUGAGAAUGCAUUUUGUCGCCGACGGAAAUGUGGACAGGAGUAUUGUAGGGCCCGCCACUUUAAGUGCGAGGAAACAAGCCCGAAUCAUUUUUCUACAUGCUGCAAUAACGGUCUGAUGGCCGUUUCAGGACCGCGUGUGUUGACACCUGCACCGCAUUUACUACAGAGGUUGUUGGUUGAAGAUUCGGUAGAAGGUAGACACUACCGAAAUAACAUCCGCCGGUAUAACAACACUUUGGCAUUUGCUGCUUUCUCCACCGACCUCAACACACGGCGCUUGCCAGGUCGGGGACCGAAUGUGUUCACUGUUCAUGGGCAGGGAUAUUGGACAAUAAGUAAUGACUUGAUCGGGAACGAUCCUAUCCAACGCAGAUUCUGCCAGCUGUAUUUCGUCGAAUCCGGCGAGGCAAACCGGAUUCGUAGGGACCAGCAGCAAUUACUGCCUGCCGCACACCGUCUAUUGCCAAGUGUACUCGAAGACUUAGACGGGCUGUUACGGGACAUCAAUCCAUUCGCACAGGCUUUUGAAACAAUGCGAGAAGUGUGGGCUGGAGAAAACGCUCCCGGCAGAGAUCCUCAGUUGCUUCCAAGGAGAGUGAGAAUGCAUUUUGUCGCCGACGGAAAUGUGGACAGGAUUUCUACAUGCUGCAAUAACGGUCUGAUGGCCGUUUCAGGACCGCGUGUGUUGACACCUGCACCGCAUUUACUACAGAGGUUGUUGGUUGAAGAUUCGGUAGAAGGUAGACACUACCGAAAUAACAUCCGCCGGUAUAACAACACUUUGGCAUUUGCUGCUUUCUCCACCGACCUCAACACACGGCGCUUGCCAGGUCGGGGACCGAAUGUGUUCACUGUUCAUGGGCAGGGAUAUUGGACAAUAAGUAAUGACUUGAUCGGGAACGAUCCUAUCCAACGCAGAUUCUGCCAGCUGUAUUUCGUCGAAUCCGGCGAGGCAAACCGGAUUCGUAGGGACCAGCAGCAAUUACUGCCUGCCGCACACCGUCUAUUGCCAAGUGUACUCGAAGACUUAGACGGGCUGUUACGGGACAUCAAUCCAUUCGCACAGGCUUUUGAAACAAUGCGAGAAGUGUGGGCUGGAGAAAACGCUCCCGGCAGAGAUCCUCAGUUGCUUCCAAGGAGAGUGAGAAUGCAUUUUGUCGCCGACGGAAAUGUGGACAGGAUUUCUACAUGCUGCAAUAACGGUCUGAUGGCCGUUUCAGGACCGCGUGUGUUGACACCUGCACCGCAUUUACUACAGAGGUUGUUGGUUGAAGAUUCGGUAGAAGGUAGACACUACCGAAAUAACAUCCGCCGGUAUAACAACACUUUGGCAUUUGCUGCUUUCUCCACCGACCUCAACACACGGCGCUUGCCAGGUCGGGGACCGAAUGUGUUCACUGUUCAUGGGCAGGGAUAUUGGACAAUAAGUAAUGACUUGAUCGGGAACGAUCCUAUCCAACGCAGAUUCUGCCAGCUGUAUUUCGUCGAAUCCGGCGAGGCAAACCGGAUUCGUAGGGACCAGCAGCAAUUACUGCCUGCCGCACACCGUCUAUUGCCAAGUGUACUCGAAGACUUAGACGGGCUGUUACGGGACAUCAAUCCAUUCGCACAGGCUUUUGAAACAAUGCGAGAAGUGUGGGCUGGAGAAAACGCUCCCGGCAGAGAUCCUCAGUUGCUUCCAAGGAGAGUGAGAAUGCAUUUUGUCGCCGACGGAAAUGUGGACAGGAUUUCUACAUGCUGCAAUAACGGUCUGAUGGCCGUUUCAGGACCGCGUGUGUUGACACCUGCACCGCAUUUACUACAGAGGUUGUUGGUUGAAGAUUCGGUAGAAGGUAGACACUACCGAAAUAACAUCCGCCGGUAUAACAACACUUUGGCAUUUGCUGCUUUCUCCACCGACCUCAACACACGGCGCUUGCCAGGUCGGGGACCGAAUGUGUUCACUGUUCAUGGGCAGGGAUAUUGGACAAUAAGUAAUGACUUGAUCGGGAACGAUCCUAUCCAACGCAGAUUCUGCCAGCUGUAUUUCGUCGAAUCCGGCGAGGCAAACCGGAUUCGUAGGGACCAGCAGCAAUUACUGCCUGCCGCACACCGUCUAUUGCCAAGUGUACUCGAAGACUUAGACGGGCUGUUACGGGACAUCAAUCCAUUCGCACAGGCUUUUGAAACAAUGCGAGAAGUGUGGGCUGGAGAAAACGCUCCCGGCAGAGAUCCUCAGUUGCUUCCAAGGAGAGUGAGAAUGCAUUUUGUCGCCGACGGAAAUGUGGACAGGAUUUCUACAUGCUGCAAUAACGGUCUGAUGGCCGUUUCAGGACCGCGUGUGUUGACACCUGCACCGCAUUUACUACAGAGGUUGUUGGUUGAAGAUUCGGUAGAAGGUAGACACUACCGAAAUAACAUCCGCCGGUAUAACAACACUUUGGCAUUUGCUGCUUUCUCCACCGACCUCAACACACGGCGCUUGCCAGGUCGGGGACCGAAUGUGUUCACUGUUCAUGGGCAGGGAUAUUGGACAAUAAGUAAUGACUUGAUCGGGAACGAUCCUAUCCAACGCAGAUUCUGCCAGCUGUAUUUCGUCGAAUCCGGCGAGGCAAACCGGAUUCGUAGGGACCAGCAGCAAUUACUGCCUGCCGCACACCGUCUAUUGCCAAGUGUACUCGAAGACUUAGACGGGCUGUUACGGGACAUCAAUCCAUUCGCACAGGCUUUUGAAACAAUGCGAGAAGUGUGGGCUGGAGAAAACGCUCCCGGCAGAGAUCCUCAGUUGCUUCCAAGGAGAGUGAGAAUGCAUUUUGUCGCCGACGGAAAUGUGGACAGGAUUUCUACAUGCUGCAAUAACGGUCUGAUGGCCGUUUCAGGACCGCGUGUGUUGACACCUGCACCGCAUUUACUACAGAGGUUGUUGGUUGAAGAUUCGGUAGAAGGUAGACACUACCGAAAUAACAUCCGCCGGUAUAACAACACUUUGGCAUUUGCUGCUUUCUCCACCGACCUCAACACACGGCGCUUGCCAGGUCGGGGACCGAAUGUGUUCACUGUUCAUGGGCAGGGAUAUUGGACAAUAAGUAAUGACUUGAUCGGGAACGAUCCUAUCCAACGCAGAUUCUGCCAGCUGUAUUUCGUCGAAUCCGGCGAGGCAAACCGGAUUCGUAGGGACCAGCAGCAAUUACUGCCUGCCGCACACCGUCUAUUGCCAAGUGUACUCGAAGACUUAGACGGGCUGUUACGGGACAUCAAUCCAUUCGCACAGGCUUUUGAAACAAUGCGAGAAGUGUGGGCUGGAGAAAACGCUCCCGGCAGAGAUCCUCAGUUGCUUCCAAGGAGAGUGAGAAUGCAUUUUGUCGCCGACGGAAAUGUGGACAGGAUUUCUACAUGCUGCAAUAACGGUCUGAUGGCCGUUUCAGGACCGCGUGUGUUGACACCUGCACCGCAUUUACUACAGAGGUUGUUGGUUGAAGAUUCGGUAGAAGGUAGACACUACCGAAAUAACAUCCGCCGGUAUAACAACACUUUGGCAUUUGCUGCUUUCUCCACCGACCUCAACACACGGCGCUUGCCAGGUCGGGGACCGAAUGUGUUCACUGUUCAUGGGCAGGGAUAUUGGACAAUAAGUAAUGACUUGAUCGGGAACGAUCCUAUCCAACGCAGAUUCUGCCAGCUGUAUUUCGUCGAAUCCGGCGAGGCAAACCGGAUUCGUAGGGACCAGCAGCAAUUACUGCCUGCCGCACACCGUCUAUUGCCAAGUGUACUCGAAGACUUAGACGGGCUGUUACGGGACAUCAAUCCAUUCGCACAGGCUUUUGAAACAAUGCGAGAAGUGUGGGCUGGAGAAAACGCUCCCGGCAGAGAUCCUCAGUUGCUUCCAAGGAGAGUGAGAAUGCAUUUUGUCGCCGACGGAAAUGUGGACAGGAUUUCUACAUGCUGCAAUAACGGUCUGAUGGCCGUUUCAGGACCGCGUGUGUUGACACCUGCACCGCAUUUACUACAGAGGUUGUUGGUUGAAGAUUCGGUAGAAGGUAGACACUACCGAAAUAACAUCCGCCGGUAUAACAACACUUUGGCAUUUGCUGCUUUCUCCACCGACCUCAACACACGGCGCUUGCCAGGUCGGGGACCGAAUGUGUUCACUGUUCAUGGGCAGGGAUAUUGGACAAUAAGUAAUGACUUGAUCGGGAACGAUCCUAUCCAACGCAGAUUCUGCCAGCUGUAUUUCGUCGAAUCCGGCGAGGCAAACCGGAUUCGUAGGGACCAGCAGCAAUUACUGCCUGCCGCACACCGUCUAUUGCCAAGUGUACUCGAAGACUUAGACGGGCUGUUACGGGACAUCAAUCCAUUCGCACAGGCUUUUGAAACAAUGCGAGAAGUGUGGGCUGGAGAAAACGCUCCCGGCAGAGAUCCUCAGUUGCUUCCAAGGAGAGUGAGAAUGCAUUUUGUCGCCGACGGAAAUGUGGACAGGAUUUCUACAUGCUGCAAUAACGGUCUGAUGGCCGUUUCAGGACCGCGUGUGUUGACACCUGCACCGCAUUUACUACAGAGGUUGUUGGUUGAAGAUUCGGUAGAAGGUAGACACUACCGAAAUAACAUCCGCCGGUAUAACAACACUUUGGCAUUUGCUGCUUUCUCCACCGACCUCAACACACGGCGCUUGCCAGGUCGGGGACCGAAUGUGUUCACUGUUCAUGGGCAGGGAUAUUGGACAAUAAGUAAUGACUUGAUCGGGAACGAUCCUAUCCAACGCAGAUUCUGCCAGCUGUAUUUCGUCGAAUCCGGCGAGGCAAACCGGAUUCGUAGGGACCAGCAGCAAUUACUGCCUGCCGCACACCGUCUAUUGCCAAGUGUACUCGAAGACUUAGACGGGCUGUUACGGGACAUCAAUCCAUUCGCACAGGCUUUUGAAACAAUGCGAGAAGUGUGGGCUGGAGAAAACGCUCCCGGCAGAGAUCCUCAGUUGCUUCCAAGGAGAGUGAGAAUGCAUUUUGUCGCCGACGGAAAUGUGGACAGGAGACGAUACAACCCACCGCCUGAAACGGUUAACGAAGUCGCAGUAUUGUUUGUCGGUGAUGACGGUCAACCGUUAACAAACGUCGAUCUGGUCAUUCACGACUGGAAUCCGAUUGACCCGCAACAUCGUCGGCUACAGACCAUACCAGCCGGCUCUUCAAACGCGGAUCCAAUGCUGUAUCCCCUACUCUUUCCACGAGGAGACCUCGGUUGGCAUCAACGCUUGCUACAAAAGGGCCUUCGCCGUACCCCUGUUCGAAAUCGGAACAGUAUCAGGGAGUAUACUUGCUAUCGUCUUGCUAUUCGUUACAAUGGCAACAACGACACAAUCAACGAUACAAUGAGUUUAUUACAUAAUGGUUGA